AUGGGGAGCCGCCCCGCCCCAGGGUUCCCGAGAACCACGUCAGCUGGGUACCGGCUGCCCUUGACCAGACUGUCAGCCUUGGACUCUUCCACGGCCCAGGGUGGCCCUGCGGUGGGCAGGGGUCUCGCCGGCAGUCGCCAAGCCCCCCAAGCCGCAGAAGCAGAGCGGUUGGGCAUGGGGACAAAUGGUGUGAGGCAGGAUCAGCUGUGGAGGGAGCUCGUGGAGGCCGAGAGGAGGGGCCAACAGCGCUGGGCUCAGCACUGGAGUUUCCUGAAAGACUAUGACCCCUUGGGCAACAGGAAGGAGCCUGUGCAGCCGCCGGAGCAUGUGUCUCUCUUUUCCGACACAGUCCCCAACUCUGCCAACCAGGUGGUGGGCAGCAGGGUGAACACGCCCCUGGGGCAAACCCUCAUCGGGAUGGACUUCUUCUGUGUGGGCGGAGUCCGGAAGAAGAAGCUGGAAGCCGAGCUGCAGCCCGUGUAG